AUGAUUAAUGCUCGAUCGAUUUAUAAAGAUACUAUCAAUAGAUCGAUUGAUGAUCCUUUUAAUAAUGUUGAUCGAAAUCUAUUGAUUACUCUUGCUAACUAUCGUCAUCGAUUUGAGAGAUCAAUGAAUUUUAAAAAAUUACGAUGGACAUUUAGUAAUUUAAAUAGUACAGCAAUAUGUGAUGCUUGUGAUCUUUUGGUACCUGAGAUGCGAACACUUAUCAGAAUUAAUCGAUCAGAUUUAAUUGAUGAUGUUGCUAUGCGAUUUUGUAAAUACUAUAAGUUACUUGAUCCAAAUGUUUGUUUAGGAGCUGUAAAUGAAUAUAAAAAUGUUAUAAUAGAAGUGCUUGUAAUGUCUCCACUUACAAAUAAAGAACUUUGUUCGUUAGCAUUCGAAUGUCAACCACCACCAUAUUUCCCUAUAGUUGGUUGGAAUGUAACGUUUCCUGACAAACCAAAACCAACACCUCGACCACCACAACCUCCUUCACCAGGAGCACCAAAACUAAAUGUUCUCCAUUUAUCUGAUAUUCAUAUUGAUUUUGCCUACAAACCAGGAUCUCAAGCAGAUUGUCCUCAACCAUUAUGUUGUAGAGAAGGUCAACCUAUACCUAGUCAUACAGGUGCUGGUUUCUGGGGUGACUAUCGAAAUUGUGAUAUUCCCUAUUGGACUGCAGAAUAUAUAUUAAAAUAUGCUGCUGAAUUAGAAAAUAUUGAUUUUAUAUAUUAUACGGGUGAUUUACCAGCUCAUAAUGUUUGGAAUCAAUCUCGUACUGAUCAACUCUAUUCCAUCAAUACUAUCAAUAAUAUGUUAGCAACUAUUUUUCCAAAUAAAACAUUUUAUUCAGCUGUUGGUAAUCAUGAAGCUGCUCCAUGUAAUUUAUAUCCAACACCAAAUAUUCGAACGGAUAAUAUAUCUUGGUUAUAUGAAACAUUAGCUGAUAAUUGGAUAAAAUUAGGUUUAUCAAAUGAUACACGUGAUAGUAUUUUACAUGGAGCUUUCUAUACAACAUUAGUACGACCUGGUUUACGAUUAAUUUCACUUAAUAUGAAUUAUUGUUCGAGAGAAAAUUUUUGGUUGCUUAUUAAUACGACUGAUCCACUUGGUCAACUUCAAUGGUUAAUUCAAUGGUUACAAUAUGCUGAAGAUCAUGAAGAAAAAGUGCAUAUUAUUGGUCAUCAUCCACCACGAUCAUGUUUAGCAUCAUGGGGUUGGAAUUUUUAUAAAAUUGUUAAUAGAUAUGAAAAUACGAUUGCUGGUCAAUUUUAUGGACAUACACAUUAUGAUGAAUUUUUAAUGUUUUAUGAUGAAAUAGAUCAGAAACGUCCCGUAUCGAUGGCUUAUAUGGGACCAUCGUUGACAACAAGUUCUUAUUUAAAUCCUGGUUAUCGUAUCUAUUCAAUUGAUGGUGAAUAUUCUGGAAGUUCUUAUUGGGUACUUGAUCAUCGUACAGUAAUUAUGAAUUUAACUGCAUCAAAUCUGUAUAAUAAAACAAUUUUUAUUGAUGAAUAUGAUGCUCGUGAUGCAUAUCAAAUGGAAAAUUUAUUUCCUAAUGACUGGAAUAAUCUUGUAGAAAAAUUAAAAAAUGAUUUAGAUGGUUCAUUAAUGAGUUUAGUUUAUCAAUAUUAUACUAAAUCAUAUGCUAAUGGAAAUCAAUGUGAUCAUAUUUGUCGUCGUGGACUUUUAUGUAGUUUUAUAAGUGCUCGAGAAAAUAAUCCACAUGGAUGUGAUUCUAUUCCACCGUUUGUUUUAUAA